UCAAUGAGUAUUACAGGGGACUUUGGAACACUCCCGACACGGAGAAAAGGAACAUGGUUAACUAUGGGGCCCAGAAAAAACUACCAGGUUGAAUUUCACGCAAUAUUCUUACUAACAUUAGGAUCGCCGGAUCCUGUGUUAACAAGAGAGAUUUCUCCAUUUGAUUCCGUCAUUUGGUCUGUAUCUCCACCGCGAAGUGAUGUUACGUCUCCUGUACGAUCCGCCAUGUUUAAGCCUGACUCUCGGACCCAAAUUCGCUUCAGUGCACUCGCUCUAAAAUUAGUACAGCGGUUAGUUCAAAAUAAUCUGUGAAGUCUGAGGCGUCAUUAAUAAUAAUAUUAGAGUGUCUUAUGGUAACAUUUCCACAAUGAAAACUUGAUUAAUGUAUUUGUGAGCGUAAUCUCGUUAACGGUCUAACCAAUAAUGGCCGACAUAGCGCUAGUCAACAAUGUCGCUUAACUGCGACAUGGCGGGGUUUCGAGAGGUUGAUAGACGGCAAUUCCCGCUGCAGGAUAUUCCUGCAAUUGUGCGAUUGUUUAAGCAGCAAUUGGAAAGUGUGUCGGAGCCCGAUUUGGCUCUCUUAUCAAUUGUGGUUGGCGCUAUUGAGAAUUCAUUGACAUGUAACCGUACUAUUACGGUUCAGAAGGAAACGGACACCUUCGGUGAAGCCAAACUGCCCGCUAUAGAAUAUCACAUUACAGAAGCUCUGUACACUAAAUUUCAUGCAAUUAUUAAAGGUGCUGUUGAUUUGUCUCAGUAUGGUAGUAAAAAAUUUGCUUCUCGAGAAUUGAUAAAGAAGGUAUCUGAUGUAAUAUGGAAUUCAUUAACCCGGAGUUAUUACAAAGACAGGGCGCACCUGCAGUCCCUGUAUAGUUAUUUGACAGGAAACAAAUUAGAUUGCUUUGGUGUAGCAUUUGCUGUUGUUGCUGGAUGUCAAGUAUUAGGUUUCCGUGAUGUUCAUUUAGCCCUGUCAGAAGACCAUGCUUGGGUUGUUUUUGGAGAAGGUGGUAAGGAAACGGCUGAAGUGACUUGGCAUGGAAAGGGAAAUGAGGAUAAGCGUGGCCAGCCAAUUGGGCCUGGUGUUGUCUCAAAGUCUUGGCUGUAUGUCAAUGGCUGUCCCGUAAUUUGCACAAGACCAAUGGAAGUUGCAGCUUUGGUUUCUGCAAUUAAUCCAAGUUUGAAUGCCACCAGCGAGGCUAUGGAAGUUGCAUUGCUGCAACAAGAAUUAUUAUGGCUGUUGUAUGAUCUUGGUCAUUUGUCACAUUACCCUAUGGCUAUAGGUAAUUUAAGUGAUUUAGAAGAAGUGAGUCCAUCACCAGGACGACCACCAUGUGCUGCACUCUUUCAAGAAGCUGCUACAUCUGCUCGUACAUAUUACCGAAACCAACAUGUGUACCCGUACACAUAUCAAGGAGGCUAUUUUUACCGACACAAACUCUAUAAGGAAGCAUUUGAAAGUUGGGCCAAUGCUGCUGAUGUUAUCAGGCUAUACAACUAUUCCCGAGAUGAUGAAGAAAUAUACAAAGAAUUCUUGGAAAUCGCCAAUGAAUUAAUUCCACAUAUUAUGAAAGUUGUUAGUUCAGGUCACAGUGCAAGAUCUAUUCUUAAAGAUCCUGAAUGUUUUGCUUACCUGCUUCGGUUUUAUGAUGGUAUAUGUCAGUGGGAAGAAGGUAGUCCCACUCCAGUGUUACAUAUAGGAUGGGCCAAACCCUUGGUGAAUACAAUCUCCAAAUUCGAUGCUGAUGUUCGAGCACAAGUUGUUAUAAUUUGUCAAAACGAAGAUGGCACAGAAAGCACAGGUGAAAAUGUCUCUGAUACCACUGUUCCUGGCACUACUGAUGGCAAAAGCAAAUUAAAAAGUGAAGAUGAUGUUAAUGCUGUCAUAGCUGCGUUAGACGAGGCUUCCGAUGAUUGUGACAAACAAAAGUACCUGAGUAAUGAAUAUCUUAACAAUAAUAAUAACAAUUAUUGUAAAGCACGAAAGGCUGGCGAAGUGGAUUGCAACAGUGAGCAAGAUAUUAUUCGUAGCCUAGAGUCACGUGUUAUUCAUAAUGAAACCAAAGAAGAUGGGAAAGAAGAACCAUCGUUGCACCCCAGUAUUGCUGCUCUCACUGCAGCGUGUGGUGAGAAGAUUUUAAAUCCUGAAUAUUUACUACAAGGCGGUGGAGAACCAUUUGUUGGAAAUGUUGAUGAAACAACGGACACUUCAGUGCUUUGUUCCAAUUCAACAAAUGGAGCGCAUGUUCCAAGUACGUCAAAAGAAGUGUUUAUAAAAGAAGAAGUAAAGGAGGCAGCAGGAGCAGGCGAGGGCGCAAAGGCAGUUAUAGUGGAGGAGGAAUCAGCAUCUAAUCGACCAAGACUGGUUCUUCACAGCCAGAAGAUGAAAGGGCUUAAAGACCUACUGCUUUCAGAGAAACUCAAUACACAUGCUAUCUCCUUGCAGUUGACAGCACAGUCCCAAGUGCAGGUGAGUAAGAAAGGUCGCUCGGGCCAGGAGCCAGAGAGCCCAAUGGGUGUGAGGGCCAAACGCAGUAGACGGGAUUAAAUCUCCAGUGGCGUAAUUUGGCAAAAAUCUCCAGAAAUGAUGUUUGCAGGUAUGUCUGAAAUGUGAGCUUAUUGUAGCAGAUUUUUUUUCUUCACUUAACCGUACCCAGAAUUUUGCUUUUUAGUGAAAUAUAUAAGAUAUAUUUCAUCCUCGAUAUUAAAACGAUUCAGAAAAUGUUAAUAAAGGAAAUUGCUAUGUGUUAGACUGAAGUUGGUAUUGAAAGUGGAGAUGGCAUUGGAUUGACUUUCUUAUUUGUUAACAUUUAUGAAUCUUAAAUAAAUAUAUAUCUGUUAUUGAUUGCAAUUAAAAUAGAUGUAUAUUUAAAAAUGUGCAUACAUUUAAAGAUUGAAUUGCAAAAUUUUUGGUAUUAUAAAAGUGAAGAUUUGGAGGCAGGAGUUGUAAAUAAUACCUAAUCUCCUGAUUAUUAAGCAAAAACUAUGUGAAAAUAGGUCACUGUGACUAUUUUUUUCUAUGCCAAAUAUGGGUCAAUUCUGUGGAAAAUCUUGGUGCAGUAAAUCAGGUAUUACCAACAGAUGGGCAUAACUUUUCUAAUUAUUUUAUAUUGUGACAUUCCUUUGAUGGGUUAUUAUUUACACUCUCUCUUAAUGAUCUUGCUGAUUUUGUACUGAUUUCUGAGGUUUUUGGUUCACACAGUCAAGUGAAUAUUUAAGUAGUAAUUAAGUGGACUUCGUAAAGAAUUCAGAAUAGAAGAAAUGUUGGACAGAUAAGGUAGGAAAAAUAAUUUUUAUGAAUCUCAUGCAGGAUGUGAAAGGCAAUAAAAAAUUUGUAUUCUUUUCAUUUGUACUUCAGAUUCAAGGAGAGUGGCUUAAGACCAUUAGAUUUGUGUAACACAUCUAUGUAGGCGUGUUUAGAUAUAGGGUGUUGCCAGAAUAUAUCAAAACUAAUGUUCAAAGAAAAUAACAAUAUGGUUGACAGUAGGAUGUGAAUGACAACUUCGCUGCGUUUAAUCUGAACAUAUUUAAUCAUCAGGCUUACUUUAAAAAUUAAUUUAAAUUAAUUGUGCACACUUCUUGAUACAUUUGGUUGGAUUUUUGAAACAAUAUCACCAGUUGUAAGCUAUAACUUAUGAUUCAAAUAAGACCUUUGAAACAAUUCGGAUUCUCAAUUGAAAUGGGGGGGACUCAAUCUGAAUCUUACAAAUAAUGCAAGUUUAUGAAGUUCAAACAUAACAUGUUUUGUACUUCUGUUAACUGGUGCACCCCAUCAUAUUCAAAUUUCACAAUUGCUGUAUCAAACUGAAUUAGCUUGGAAAUGAUCAGAAAACAUUGUUUCAAUUCACAUUGUACGUAAUUCUUUUCUUACUAAUCUAUAAUGAUUCAUACCAACAUUUUUGGUUUCCAAGUUCAUAAGUACAGUAUAUACAAUAAUAUACAUUGUAUAAUACCAGUUCUGUUAACUGACAUAUUAUUCACCACUACAUUAGCUUUUCAGAGAGUGCUUUCAGAGUUAAUCUCGUUCUCACGUAUGGUCCAUGUAGUAAAACAGUUAAGCUUUCUGUAACACAUUAAUUUCCAAUGUGUUUAGUCUAAAAUACUGAAUAAAUUUGUGUUAAUUACUUUUAUACAAGAUCGCUAUAUAUGAAACACUCUCUCACAUUCUUCACUGUGGCUAACAGUCUGGAAAAACGUGAAAUUAAAUGAUAGUAGAUUAUCAUUUCCAUUAAAAAUGUACAAACAAAUUUUAUAAAAUGUAAGCAUUCACUUUGAACUUGGUACUACAGUUAAAAUUCCAGUAGCAUAUUCACUCAACUUGUAUUCCUAUUAUGACAUCAUACAUCCGUUGUUUUGCUUCUGGGCAUAAAUGUAGCUUCACUAUGUGCAUGUAUUGUUGAGCUCCACAAUAUGCUAGUUGUGAUAGGAGUAGAGCCAGGGGUGUGGGUUGUUAUUUUAAAAGCAAAAUUUUAAAAAUUGUACUAACAGAUUGGUAGUUUGUUUACCAUUGAACAUAAAAGUCUAGUUUUUCUAUGCUUCUUACUUCACUUUAUUUGUACUUUUGUUCAUCAUUGUACUCUGUGAAGUAAAACUGUGAGGAACACAUUCUGAAGCUAAAAAAAAGUGCAGAUUAUGCUUGUCCCCCAGAAGUCCCGUAUAGUUUUUACUCUUCUUUGAUGAAAAUAAAUCAAAACAAAUCUAUAAUUUAAUAUAGUGACAAACUACCACACGAUUUUUCACUAUUUAUUUCUUGAAAACUGUUGGUAUUGUUAACAGGCUCACUCGAUUGUGGAAUGCCUACAUAAUGUACUGAUCUUCUUGAAUAAACCAUUGCAUUUUUUAUUUUACAACACUGAUGAAAAAGAAUUCAGUGAAGUAUAAUUAUAUUUUGAUUUAAUAUUCAGUUUCAUUUGUAAUCAGAAGAGUUGCUCACUGAAAGUUAAAACUGUUGUGAUUUUCAGUUUGCAAACUGAUCAUCUCAGGAAUGCAAGUGACGUUUCCAGUGUUCAAUUUCGUUUCUUAAUUAUAUUUUUGAGGUUUGUAUUGUAACCCUUUACUCCUCUCUUUCCAUUUUUAAGCAAUUGUUAUCCGGUUAUCCAAAUAUUCAUUUAAAUUAAUUACAUAAAUUUUAUACAUGUUCCUACAAAAAUUACUUUGUACUAUAGAGAAAUUAUUUAUCACUAAUUGAGUGCAUCACAUAUAAAGGUUCCUUAAUAUGAAAUAUUUUACCCCAAUUCCAACUCAUUUAAAAGGCUUUCUAAAACAAUAAUAUUAUGUAUUCUAAUCGUUAUAACCUAACUAAAAUUUCCAUAACAACAUAAUUAGCCCAAUUUGCGUUUUCAUAGUGUAUACAGUAAAGAAACCCCAAUCUAGAGAGAGAAUCCUUAUUGAAAUGUGGGUAAGAAAUCUAUUUUAUUCAGGGCAAAGAAACAACUAUUUACUUUGUAUUACUUACAUUCUUUUAAAUGAACCAUUGCUUCCAAGUUAUAAAAAUGUAUAGCAUUCAGCAACCAUUUCAUUUACUCUUGAAUUUCUUGGGCAUACUGUAAAUAUCUUGCAAUCCAGUUUCUUUAGAUUUCCUCAUGGUUAAUUAUUAUCAUUGGUACAUCAUAUCAACAGAAAAUCUUGUUUGAUCAGUUAAAUCUAAUAAUUGAAGACUCAUGUUACAGUUGGAAAUGUGACCUCGCUGGAGUUGUAUUUGUUUCCAAAAGUUGUGGUUUUUAUUGGAGUAAACUUUUUUUAAAUGAGAGCUCUCAGCUCCAUCAUUCAGAAAGUGCUAAAAUAAUGUAGUAGUGAAGAUCCAAGAAUGAUGCUUGCCAUGUCUUUCUCCUCCCAAACCUUCACUUUUCCUUGUGCUGGAACACAUUAUAUGAACUGGAGAUCAUAUAGUUCUUCCGCUUUGAGGUAGUCAGGGGCAUGGUCUGUUAUCUCAUUAGAUUUUUGUCUGUGUGUGUUGUGAUGAUUCCAGACUUACAUUAUACAGUGCAUCACUGUCAAAGUAGGUGCUGUAGAGAAGAAUCCAAAAUAAUUUUCAUUUCUUCCUUAUUAUUUUUCUUGUUCAUGCAGUGAAUCUGUAUUUGAGAUUUGAUUGUGACCACUACCUAAUAUUCACUCGACUGAAAAGCCAAAACAAAGGGAACCAAAACCUCAGAGCAACUGAAUGUUUCUAGCUCCAUUUAAGUUGACCUAGCUCUAUCAUUUGUGGAGAUAGCUCAUUCUACAACUAAAAUUAUUCCAUUGAUCCAAAGAGAGACAAACUUGCCUCUAGAAAUACUAUUGUAAUUCUACUGUAAUUAUUAAUACUACCCAAUCUACACUCUUCCUCAGAAAAAUCAAUUAUUUUUAUUGCUGAUGAAUGUUUAUUCUAUAGCUAACAAUUUUAAAGAGUACAAAUCUGAUUUUUAAAAUUAUUGGUCUAAAGAAAGUGGUUAUGUAUCUAUAUUUUGUUAAAUAUUAUAAAAUUUAGAGGGGAAUUAGUACCCUCCUAAAUGAAAUUAGAGUAAAUUUUGUGAAGUCGUGCCCUGCAGCCCAUUCAUUUAUCAAAAUUUAGACUUAGAUACAAAUCAUGCUAUGUAAAUUUUACAUUCUUAGUAGUUGACUGUAUAAUGGUGGCUAUUUGUUCUUGAUUGUUUUGAAAUGCUAGCAUGUUCCAAUACAUAAAGUAAAUAAUAAAAUGACAAUGUUUUGUCCAUUUGCCAGUAUUAUAUUUGGGGAAGAGUUAUAAGAUGUGUUGGACAGUGUCAAACAAUGUUAGUAAUUAUUGCUAAUUAUUUUAAUUUUGUUCAUGUUAUUGUUUGCAUCUUGAUUGAUUGUGAAGAGAGUCUAUGAAUGUAUUGGAAUUUGGGCAUUAAGAGAAAAGGUUUCCAUAUGAGAAAAUGUUCCUGUUAUUGGCUGCCAUUUGGACUUCAUUUUUAUUUGUGAGAAUUGCACAAACUAAAUUCAUUACGUAAAUGUGUUUCCCUUUUUAUGGAAGUAAUUAUUCAAAUCUUUCUAUGAUUGUUAUAAAGGGAACACUGGUGCUGUGGAAUCAUUUCGUACACAACUUGGUGCCCUGUGAACAUUUAAAGUGUUUAACUGUUUUUGCCAGCCAAUGCUAUCAAAACAUUAUCCAAAGUUUGUAAGAAUGAAUGGGCAUUUCUGACAUUUUCUGCCGAUUUUAGUAUUAAUAUUUUGACUCUUCAGCAUAAUAAGUUGAAAGGCUGAACUUUAUAUCUUAUUUACACUCGCAAAAUGUAUUCUACUGUUCCUAUUCAAUGCCCUCUGAUAUAUUUUACCAGUUUGUUGUAGCUUAAUGGUUUCCAUUGCUACAUUGCGAAUAUGUUGCUUGUGGCCUGUGUUCAUGCUUGCUGUGAAUCCUGUUAUCUUCUUUAUGUAUAGAAUUAAUUAAUUCUGUUAUUACACAUUCAGAGAUCUAUGAAAUGUUACUUUUACGAACAUUCCAAUUCAUCCGCCCAGAGAUCUCUGUCUCUGUGUCUCUCUCUCUCUCUCUCUCUCUCUGUUGUUUUCAUGGUCUGCAUAAUAUGUUGUGC